ACACAGGUGUAAACGGUACAAUCAUAAUUACUGAAUCUCAUUCAGCUUCACUUAAAAAAAAUAACAAGAAAAAAUGCAAAAUUUGUUGCCACGACGACGUCAGAAUGCAACAUUUAAACUCAAAAUGUGCUUUCCUGCUGCUUUUUCAUCUUUGCUAACACCUCAAACAUCUGCUCUCUCUUCACGUUGAACCAGGUAAGCUGCUCAACAGGUGUCAGGCCAUCACCCUCUCUGCACAUAUACAACCAGCUUCAAAUCCUUUACGUCUGUAAAGAUUCCAGCUCUGCACAGUUUCACGCUCUUUUUCAUUAGCUUCAAUGUAGAAACAGGACUGAGAGUCUACCACCACGCUAGCAGCUCUGCGAGGUCGACAAUGCUAACCUGCUGUGAUGUGUAGCAGAUCAGAUCCAAAAUGAACCGAGUCAAACUGCAGUUCUCCGUCUUCAUCACCAUGUUGGCCUUGCUGAGCUCCGGCCGGGCCUUACCCAGGACGGACCCUCCCAUCCGUCCCGGUCACCCCUUCCUCUUCAUGUGGAACGCCCCGACCGAGCUGUGCGACAUCCGCUUUGCCAUGCCCCUCGACCUCUCCUACUUCCACUUUGUCAGCAGCACGUUGAAAACGGCGACCAACCAGAGCAUCUCCAUAUUCUACACUGACCGCUUCGGCAUCUUCCCCUACGUGGACGAAGACACGGGGGAGAUGUAUGACGAGGGUCUGCCGCAGCUGAUAGACCUGCAGGAGCACCACGAGCUGGCAGAGGACGACAUCGAGUACUAUAUCCCCAGUGACCAGCCAGGCCUCGCUGUGCUCGACUUUGAGGAGUGGAGGCCACAGUGGGUCCGAAACUGGGGCAGCAAAGACAUCUACCGUCAGAUCUCCAUCGAAACAGUCAAGAAGAAAAAUGCGACAUUGUCCGACAACGAGGCGGAAGACCGGGCGAAGAUUGUGUUUGAACGCGCCGCCAUGAGGUACUUCCUCCGCUCCAUCCGCAUCGGGAAGAGGCUGAGGCCCAACAGACUCUGGGGCUACUACUUGUACCCCGACUGCUACAACUACGACUACAACCAAGACAUGGCAGGCUUCACCGGAGAGUGCCCUGCCAUCGAGAAGGACAGGAACGAUGAGCUGCUGUGGCUCUGGAGAGACUCCACGGCGCUCUUUCCCUCCAUCUACCUGGAGCUGACGCUCAGGGACUCCCAACAGGCCCGGAUGUUCGUUCGCCAUCGAAUCCAGGAGGCCAUUAGGGUGUCAUCACUCCCAAACAGCUCCUACUCCAUCCCUGUCUACGCUUACAUCCGACCAGUGUACAAGGACAGCAUCGACGACUACAUGUCAGAGUUUGAUCUGGUCAACACCAUUGGAGAAGCCGCUGCUCUUGGCGCCGCUGGCGUCGUUUCCUGGGGCGACAUGAACGUCACAGAUACUGAGGACUCCUGCUUCGACGCUCGACGUCACCUGGAGCAAGUCAUGAACCCGUACAUCGUGAACGUCUCAACGGCCACGCAUCUCUGCAGCCAGGCGCUCUGCCAGGGCCGAGGUCGCUGUGUGAGAAAGCGCUGGGACGACGACGUCUUCCUGCACCUCGACCCACGUCGGUACCGGAUCCAGAGGCAGCGCCGCGGCGGCCCGCUCACCGUGAGCGGCGGCCUUUCACAGGACGACAUCAACUGGUUCGACCACAGCUUUGACUGCAUGUGCUACAGCGAGGAGCCUUGCAGGUUGCCGCUGACGAUCAACGUCAUCCAAGAGGCCGUCUUCACCAGGAGGAGUCGAGGUGCUGACAGGCCCCGCCCCCUCCUGCUGGUCAUGACACUACUCUGUCUGACGUAUGUCUGGAUCAAUAUCUAACCAGCACAAACCUGAUACAUGUGAUGCAGGAUGUAGAGGACAAUUACACGGUUAUUUCAGCUUCUUCGUGUCUCGUAUUUCUGACUGUGUUUUAAUUAUUUUGAAUUCAAUAUUUUAAAUUCAGUUACAUUCAUGGCUGGAUGAACCUGUUAGAGGAGGUCUGUAGUUGUUAUCAUUAAAUAGUAACUUAACACAUCGUAUGAACGUUGAUGUCAGAUGGUUUCACCGGAGAAGGAGAGAAGCCUGGUAUUACGUUUUAUCAUCGUUAUAAUAAGAAUAACAACAAUAAUAACAAUAUUAUUAUUAUGCCACCAGGAGAUUGACAUGUUUGGGUCAGAUUGAAAUGUGUUUUAAGUGAUUGGAUUAGUUGCCAUGAAACUCUGUUCAGACGUUCGCGUCGCCCUCAGGAUGAACUGUAAUAACUUUUCAUCUGGUGCCAUCGUCAGGUCUAAAUGUUGCUGCAUCAGAAUCAAAGCGACUGAACUGAAGUUUUAAUGUCAGGAUAUAAAGUAAGGGCUUAUUUACUGGAUAACAAUUUAGCGAAAUAGUUGAACUUACAGAGUUAAGAAAUAUGGAUGUAGUUAAGGGUUGUAUCACGUCUCAGGAAGUGCAUGUGGUUAUACUAAAAUGUCGCCGCUGGAUAUUUUUCUUCCCCGGCAUCAAACAAGUGAGAGAUGGCCGAAAGCCAGAGAAUAGACAUUUGGUUCCAGUUUAUUUGAAGCAGGACUGUGACGUCUUUCUUUGUCCCUGAAGGGAAGAAAAGCCUGGACAAAAAAAACCAAAACCACCUACAAAUCUAAGACGGAUUUUACCUUCCACAAAAUUCCAAUUUGAAUUGUUGUUGUAAAGCAUAAUUAAUCUUGCUGCCUGCGAGGGCUGUUAGAUUUUAUCUUCAGCUCAUCUCUCGUUCUAGAUUCCUUUACAUCACACAUUUGGUCACUAGUGGGCGCACUGAAGGAAGACAGUGUGUGUGUGUGUGUGUGU